AUGCCAUAUCGUGUAAAGCCCGAGGGGGAUUCAGAAGCCGAACAAGCAAUAUUAGAUGAACAACUGAACAGUAUGGAUGAAGAAGCCGAAGCCGAGGCUGAAGCCGAGCUUCUUGCGGCUCAGGAAGCAGCAGAGGCAGCAGCAGCAGCCCAACAAAACCAGCCAGGCGAUGUUUUCAACAAUGUGCAAGCCGGACUCGAAGGACGUCAUAGAGAAAACAUAAUGAAAUAUUGGCAAGAUACAAUUAACUCUAUUGAAAACGAUAAUCACGAUUUCAAGACGCAUCAAUUGCCACUUGCAAGGAUUAAAAAAGUUAUGAAAACAGAUCAAGAUGUGAAAAUGAUUAGUGCUGAAGCGCCGAUUUUGUUUGCUAAAGGAUGUGACAUUUUUAUAACUGAGCUAACUAUGAGAGCUUGGAUCCAUGCAGAGGAAAACAAGCGAAGAACUCUACAGAAGUCGGAUAUUGCGGCCGCUUCAACCAAGAGCGAUAUGUUUGAUUUUUUAAUUGAUGUUGUUCCAAGGGAAGAAGAGAAACCUAAAAAGUCGUAUCCGCAUUCGUCGAGGAAUUCUUAUCAGGAAGAGCAUAUGGUCCAGCAUCACCAACAGCAUCACAUGACCGAACAGCCACUACUACAACAACAACCGGCACAACAACUGGGACGGGAGAAUGUACAGGUGCAGCAAGUAGCGCAAGGAGAGGAAGGUCAACUUUGGAAUUAA